GUCCCUCAGACAUUAACAAAAAUAUUUAUAAAGUCCCAAGAGCAAAGAUGGAAGUUCAUGCGGCGUGGGAGGCCGUGGUAGAUGCCUUCAGGCGCUGGCACAGAAUCCCCUGCGUGAGGCUCCCUGGCAGCAAGGCUAGGGGGUUGGGGGGGGGGCAAGGAACGCUGCCCCUCUGUUUGCCUUUGGUGUUUGUGAGCGUCCCGGGGCAGACUGGGUGGCUGAAACGCCAGAAGCUUCCUCUCGCACACUCUGGAAGCCAGAAGUCUGAAAUCCAGGGUCAGCAGGCCUCCAGGGGAGGACCCUUCCUGCCUCUUCCAGCUCCCUGUGGUCCCUUGGCUUGGGGUCCUUUGGCUUACAGCUGUGUCACUCCAGCCUCUACGUCCAUUGUCACAUGGCCUUCUUCCUGUGUGUCUGCGUCUCUUUUAAGGACACCAGCCCGUGGCAUCGGGCCCACUCUACUCCUAUAUGACUUCAUCUCAUCUGCGAAGAUCCUGCUUGCACAGGGGGUCACCUUCACAGCUCUGCCUGCCCUGGAUCCUGCUUUUCCCAAGAGAAGAGGAUGGCUGCUGAGUACGUGUCCCCCGGGCCCCAGGAGUUAGUGACCUUCAAGGAUGUGGCUGUGGCCUUCUCCCGGGAGGAGUGGGCCUUGCUGGACCCUGCUCAGAAGAGGCUGUACAGAGAGGUGAUGCUGGAGACCUACAGGAACCUGGCCGCACUGGAAACCUUGAAGACCGGAAGUGCUGAUGCAGGCAUUGAGUUUGGUGCACUGUCCUCAACCCAAGCCUCUCAGGCCGCCGGUCCUUCCCCGUGGGUGGGGGGUUCACUCUUUCUACCAGUGGUGCCUUUCCAGCUGGAGGAGGGAGCAGCUGUGUGGAUGGGGGGGGAAGGAACUCCCCAAACCUCCUGUUCAGAUUUGGCUGCUAUACUGAAAAGCCAAGAGUCAUCUUGUAAGAAGGUGGUUUGGGGGGAAGAACCACCCAGUGGUAUGACUAUAGUAGAGCUUCCCAAAGGAGACUGGGGCUAUGGUCAACUUGAGGAGAAUCGUGAAGCCCUGCACAGGCUUUUGAGGCAGCUGGCGUACCCCCAGGCGGAGGUGUUUGCUCAAAGGGAGACCACUGCCUGGCAUGAGUUUGGGGAAGCCUGUAGUAUGAGCUCCGACCUUGCUUUAUCUCAAGGAGGUUCUAUAGAAGAACAUUCCCACGACUGUGGUCUAGAUACUGAGAGUUUGGUAGCUAAUCCAUUCUCAAACCAUCAUCAGAUGGCAUAUACAGAUCAGAGACCCUGUGAAGGGAACGAAUGCGGAAAAGACGUCAGCCACAAUAGUGCCUUCAGUCAACACAACGGAGCCGCCGAAAGCGGGGAAUCAUUUCCUCACGGUAUGGCUCUCACAACACACAACGCGGUGAAUACAGCAGGGAAACCCUAUGAAUGUCACCACUGCGGGAAAGUGUUUAACCGGAGGCAUUCCCUGAGUGAACAUCAGAGAAUCCAUACAGGAGAGAGACCAUAUGAAUGUCAGGAAUGUGGGCGAGCCUUUACGCACAGCUCAACCCUCACACGACACUUGAGAACUCAUACUGGAGAGAAACCCUAUGCGUGCGGCGAAUGUGGGAAAGCCUUCAACAGGAUUUCGUCUCUCACCCAACACCAGAGGAUUCACACAGGGGAAAAGCCCUACAAAUGCAAAGACUGUGGAAAGUCCUUCUGCCAGAGUUCUUACCUGGUCUUGCACAAGAGAACGCAUACGGGCGAGAAGCCCUAUGAAUGUAACGAGUGUGGAAAGGCCUUCAGUGAUCGCUCCUCGCUUAACCAACACGAGCGGACUCACACCGGUGAGAACCCCUAUGAAUGUAAUCAGUGUGGAAGAGCCUUCAGUCAGAGGUCUUCCCUCGUUAGGCACGAGAGGACUCACACCGGAGAGAAACCGUACGGCUGUAGCGAAUGUGGGAAAGCGUUCAGCCAGAGCUCGUCCCUUAUCACACAUCAGAAAACUCACGCCAGUCAGAAAACCUAUAAAAUAAUUGAUUGUGGGAAAGCUUUCUAUCAGAGCAGCAACCUCAUUGGGUUUUAGAGACCACUUGCUGCCUGUAAGGUACCUUUUAGCUCUCUGCUACAGAAGUAUGGUUAGAUUUUGCCCUUCUGAUGGGACUGUUUGAAAAGAAGUAGGCUUCUGCACGUUCUUUUUUUAAAAUUUUUUAACGUUUAUUUAUUUUUGAGACAGAGAGAGACAGAGCAUGAACAGGGGAGGGGCAGAGAGAGAGGGAGACACAGAAU